GAGGCAAGUGGCAAGGUACAGUGUGGUAGUGUCUUCUUUCUUUCUCCACUGCUAUUCCAGAUGUCUCUUGAAUUCUUGAACCUAUUUGUGAUCCCUUCUCGCAGAAUCUGUGCACGACGCAACCGCGGCCCCUUAUUUUGGCAACAAGGCUAGUUGCAUGUAAGCACUUCACUCUCGCUUGCAUUUCCCCUGCUCUCUCUCUCUCAAGCUUCACUGCUUCAGUUCGUACCAAAUAAUGGAGUAGUCUUUUUUUCAUCGAGUGGUGUCCCAAAGGACCUCAGCAAUCAGUGCCCAUGGGCGUGCAAGGCUUGUGUCAUUUUCGCAUUGCUAUCUCUGCACCAGCUCUUCAGCCCUUGCUGCGCUUCUCUCUCCUCCAACUUUUGUGCUCCUCACUUCCUCAGGCUGACAGCCCUCCUCUCUCUCUCUGUUCUCACUGCAGCCGAAGCAAUGGCCGAAGUCUUUAUGGUCUCAGGAUUCAGACGCAUUCAAUGACCUGAUCCGUAGUACACUGCUGUACAUAACCUCCUCUCUCUCUCUCUCUCUGAUUCCCAACACCGGAGCUACAAGGACCCUCCUGCCAUAGUGAACAGUGAGCAUGUUGGUGCUGUAGCAUCCUCGCUCUGAUAUAAGUAGGCAACCUAGCAACUGUUGCCCACCUCACUCAGUGACUAGGCAGGCAACGUUCAAUCAAGCUCUCUCAUGGAACUUCUCCUUCACUCCUCGUCCCUGCUUCUCCUCCUGCUGCUAUCCUCUCAAGGCCUCUGCUGCACCGAAGGUAGAGCACUGCAUUAUCAUCAGCUCAAGGAUCCUCCAAAGGCUGCUGAUCAGGAGGGUGUUGCGAUGGCCGAGGCGCUGAUCGGGUCGAGGCCGCCGCGGUGCGAGGGCAAGUGCGCGCCGUGCGGCCGGUGCGAGGCGGUGCAGGUGCCGGUGGCGCCGCGGGUCGACAGGGCCGAGGCCGGCCGCGCCCGCCUGUUCAGGGCCGUCGGCGACAGGGUCGAGGAGAGCUACACCGACUACAAGCCCCUGAACUGGAAGUGCAGGUGCGCCGACCGGCGAGCCAUGGAUCCGUGAUCCGGUUCCCUGGAGCUGCUGAACCCACGAUACAUACCACUAUGAUAUACUAGUCACUACUAGUUCUUGCAGAUGCCGAAUGAUCCAUGACCAAGAUGGUUGUUUGGAAAUUUUCUCAUCACUAGCUAGGUUUUGGUAGGCAUAGAGAAAGAUGCUUGUAGUUUGCAGCUGGUGAUCCAUCAUCACUGGAAGACUUUGCUUCUUAUUACUCAGUGUAAGCCUAUAGGCUUUGGUGUAUUAUAUUAAGAGUGGUGUCCUUCAAGAGAAGACUUGCUAUACCUUUUGCAAU